AUGCUCGACAAUGAUAAUCGAUAUCCACCACUCGAGGCAUACUCGAAACCGGGCGUCUCCGGCGAAUACGAACUACCCACAGGCCAGGCAUGGGCGCCUUUUCAGAAGCUACGUUCAUACGAACACCCCGAGGGCAUGUACGAUCAGGUCAACGAGAUGCAGAUGAGCGUGGACAUGGGGCUAUUCGCGGAGAUCAAUCACGCCUACGUUGCCGUCGACAACCAACUAUACCUGUGGGACUACACGGCGCGCAACCCAGAAUUGAUCGGCUUCGAAGAGUUGAAAGACAACAUCACCUGCGUAAAGCUGGUAAAACCGCGCGCGAAGGUGUUUGUUGACAGCAUUUCGUGGUUGUUGGUCAUUGCAACCACUGCGGAAAUCCACCUCAUCGCGGUGGAGUGUCAAUCUGGACCUGAAGGCGUAUAUGGCGUAAACCUUUACCGUACAGGCAUGUCGGUAUCAGUCCGCGGGAUAAACGUCACUGCUAUUGCAAGCUCAGCCAAGACGGGGCGCAUUUUCUUUGGCGAAAGUGCAACCGAAGAUGUCUGGGAACUCAAUUACCAACAAGAGGAGAAGUGGUUUUCGAAUCGCUGCAGCAAGAAGAAUCAUGUCACGUCGUCUGUUGCAAUUCCACUGCCGAGCAUAUCUUUUGGAAAGCGUGCUGCGCCCGUGGGUCUGUCGCAAAUGAUCGUUGACGACAGCCGAAACCUCCUCUAUACGCUCUCUACGAACAGUACCGUCAAGGUCUUUCAUAUGCGCACAUUCACGGCGCUCGAGAAUGUCAUCAAACGCGAUCUCGGCACAAUAAGGGGCCAGGUCAGCCACUUAAUCCGUCAAGUGCCAGCUUUGGACAAUCUCAGGAUAGUAGGCAUGGACCCAAUCGCGGUUUCUGAAGCUGAUUCCGUAUCACUCAUGCUCACUUCCUCUACGGGAGUCCGGCUAUACAUGAGUGCUACUUCUGGUACUUGGGAUUCUACAGGCGCACCGAGCAACAUGGCAGUCAUGCACGUUCGCUUUCCUCCGGUAUCCCAUGAUGCGCAGACAGCCCCUCCACCCAAUGCUACGAGUACUCAAAUGCAACCAUAUCAAGGCGGCACCCCUAUUGGAUUCGAUUCCAGGAUAUUGACGCAGACAGUGGCUACCUUCCGAUACGCGCCUGGGACAUUCCUGUGUGCAGUCGAGAAAAAUCCGACCAACCCUAACCAUGAGCUCUUCAUAUCCUCCGCGCACACCGGGCAAUUGCUUAGUGAACGCGACGCCCGCUUCACAGAAUCCGGUCAAACCAUCACACUCAGAGGCAAGCUACAGGACGCUGGCCUGGUCACCCCUCCAUUCUCGGCUGGCCAUUUUGGUAGUGAAUACGCUGUGCAGUUUGAUGCCCCUGCUGCAGAGUUCGCCGUCAUGACUCAUUAUGGGGUGGAGACUGUGCGCCGACGGAGACUGGUAGAUACCUUUGCGGCUAUCAUCCGGUACGGAGGAGGCGCAGAGGGUGUUGAAGCGGAUGUGCGCCGGUUUGCGAGACAUUAUGGGCUCACAGAGACCGCUUCAACGGCUUUGGCAGUAGCAUGUGGACAAGGCACGGACGUUGGUGCAGACUCCCGAGUUAUUCUAAUCACUGACCCAGAAGUCACCGAAGUGGCACGGAAAGCUUUCAUAGAAUACGGCGGAAAGCCUCAGAUUACCGAGUCUGCUGCCGUGGAAGGACUGAGCGUAGACAACGUCCAACCUUCACCCCGCCACGAUGGUAUUGCUCUCUACGUCGCUCGACUGGUUCGCUCCAUAUGGGAUACACCUAUCAUUAGAGAAACAGUAACACCCACUGGUCCGGUACUGGCACCCAAUCAUAAGGUUACCAAGCUCCAGGACAUACAGCGCUCCCUCAUUCGACUACAGCAGUUCCUUGACGACAAUAAGACCUUCAUCGAUGGACUAGCUGGCCCAGAAGCUCUAGGUCGGGUCAGUUCCAGGCGGGAAGAGGUGGAACUUCAGGGCGAGAACCGGGCUUUGACAAAUCUUUUGCAAAUGAUCAAUAAUAUCGUAGAAGGUAUCGCUUUCAGUCUAGUGCUUUUCGAGGAGCGGUUAGAGGAGAUUCUGCUCCUACUAGCCCCAGAAGUGCGCUUGGAAACGCGGAAACUCACAUACCAUGCGCUCUUCGCGUCCAGCGAGGGCAAGGAACUGGCUAAGGAACUGGUCAAGGCCAUCGUCAACCACAACAUUGUCAAGGGAUCGAACGUCGAGACUGUUGCGGAAGCUUUGCGGAGAAAGUGUGGUAGUUUCUGUAGCUCCGACGAUGUGGUCAUCUUCAAGGCCUCUGAAAACCUGAAGAAGGCGGCUGAUUUGGGAGCAAAUGCUGAACGCGGACGCAUUCAAUUGAACGAUAGUCUGAGGCUGUUUGAGCAGGUUGCCAAGAGCCUGACUAUGGAGCACUUGUCUGCAGCGGUGGACAAGUAUAUCGAGCUCGAAUUCUAUGCAGGGGCCAUUCGUCUUGCGCUCAAGGUCGCCGAGGAGCGCGAUCGCGGUAAUCGGGCUCUUUCUUGGAUCAAGGAUGGCCAACCCAGCGGCGACGCACGACAACUUCCGUACACACAACGCACAAACUGCUACAAGCUAGUCUUCAAGGUUAUUGAAGCAGUGGAUCAAGUUUCUGGUGCUCAAGCCAACGCCGAGCAGGAUGGUGUGAUGUCACAAACCGGCCGUCGUAGGCAAGAGGCUUACGACCAAAUUAACAACUCGGAAGACGAAGUCUUCCAAAAUUUCCUCUAUGACUGGUACAUGGAGAAAAGCUGGGCAGAGCGCCUUCUGGAGAUCAGCAGCCCUUAUGUGGUGGAAUACCUGAAGCGGAGCUCCGAAACUAAUCCCGCCCAUGCAGAUCUUCUGUGGAAGUACUACGCACAUUACAAUGACUACCUUGGUGCUGCGGAGGUGCAAUUUCAGCUUGCCAAAAGCCCAACCUUUAAGUUGACGCUUGAGCAACGUAUAGAGUAUCUCUCUCGCGCAAAGGCGAACGCAUCAACCCGUAUAGCUGGAUUCUCUGACAGCGGCACACGGACUAGACAGUCACGGCAAGAAUUACUACGGAAUAUCAGCGACCAUCUCGAUGUUGGAAACAUUCAAGACGACCUUCUUCAAAAGAUCAAGAGCGACAAGCGACUUCAAGGCGCACGUAGGGAAGAAGUGCUCGCAGACCUCAAUGGUGCCGUGAAAUCUGUAAACGAGCUCUUCAAUGACUACGCAGACCAAGCUGGCUACUACAACAUCAGUCUCCUGCUUUUCCACCAAGCCGACUUCCGUGACCUCUCCACAAUCCGAAACACUUGGCAACUCUUUAUCGAGCAGACCCAUAACGAAGCCGUCGCCGAAGGUAAAGCCUCACCCUGGGAAUCUGUUGCCAUUGAAACAGAGACCCUUGGUCGCCGCGUCGGCACCAAUCAAAACAUCUUCCCCGUUUCCGACGUCUUCCAACUCCUCCUCCAAUACGACGUCGAUAAGUACCGCCAGGGCCCCUCCGGAAACAUCGACGCCGACAACGCCCACCCACCUGCAUGGCCCAUCGACAUAUUCGUCAAGCUGCACGCACCCUUCGAGAACCUUGUCAGCGUACUAGAGGCUAUGUGGUACGCACGGGACCAUCCAUUCAACAGCCGCAACGGACGAAAGUUGCUAGCCAAAUGGCUCGUCUGCGUGGUUGAGAGGUGGUGGGAGAACAGCAGGCGAUCCGGGGAACCCUUUGGCAGCACAGAGAACGCGCUCGGAUUGUCAGAUCUGCUACGGGUGGUCAUGGAAAGCGGAGACUUCGUGCCGGCGGGGAGCGGAGCGGAUGAUGCACAGUGGGUGGAGAGGCUGAGGAUUAUCCGGGAAAAGGCGGAUGAAAUCGUGAGGUGA